CAGCUUCAUGAAGGAAUUUGUCGAGAGGAAGGUUACGGAAAAGAAACGUUUGAAGUUUAUGUUCAUAUCUUUCACAGUGUAGGGAAUACCUCCCAAAUUAACGAUGACGGCUUCUUAUACAAAUCACCCUCAGAUUUAUGAACUGGAUUUGACUGAUUCAACUGUCACUGAAAAACGUCGCGUCGGGAAGAAACUGAAAGUAUCACACACAUCUUCGAAAAAUGCCGUGCCUGCCGUCUUCACAGAGACUUCGAAUUCCCAACUAAUCUCGCUUGGGAACGUACUUGAAGAUGGCGAACCUACAGUACAUUCAAAAUGGUGGAUACCUACUCCGGGGUCACUGCAAGAAUAUUCAUCGCAUACUCAGGAUGAGUUGAAGAAAAUAUUUGAAACACGAAGGCACAGAGAAAUCAGGCAAAGGAAGUGCUCUGAGGAAUCAGAGCCUAGUGAGGAGGAGGAUAAUAGUGAUGAAAAACAUGAGGAAAAAGAAGGAUGGAAGUUAUUGACGAAGGCCAUAGAAUCCAAACGUCUAAGAGCACAAUUAGAUACUACAAUUUCUGAAGGGUAACCAUUUCUUAAUUAUAAUCAUUGCUUACUUUGUAACUUUUUCAUUCUCAGUAGUCAUCAGCAGAAAAACUCUCCUUUAGAAAUAGACAGGUUAUGACAAGUUACAAAGUUACUAUCCAGAAAUAAUUGCGUGGAUGUAAAACCAAAUUCUGUUAUAAAUCCUCCUACAAAUUGUGUUAUAGUACAGUUUGAACCUAUAUUAAGGGGUCCCCCAUGGGAAAUGGUCGCUUAAUACGGGUUCCACAGACUAGAGGUUUUGUAUAAAACGUUGCACAACGCCACUUCAUGCCAUAAUUGACAACUUAAUGUGCGGAGGAUCGCUCAAGAAUACCACUUAAUUUGAUUUCGGGAGAGAAAGAUGGCUCACAAGUUACUUGAAAAAUUAUUCCUAGUUUUAUUUGAGUGGUUCCGCUGAAAGUGACUGUUCGAUACAGGUGGAAAACAAAAACAGACAGUCAGGACUAAGAAAAGGGUGACCGCUACCACUGAAUAGAUGUGACCGCUUAAUGUAGUUGAAUGUUACAGUGAUUAAGGAGAAACAGAUUCGAGUCUUACAACUUACCAUUUAAUAUCACAGGCAGCACAAGCAUACUGUGUGUGAUUUUGGGGUCUAAAGGUCACUAACGGGAAUACCUAUCAUUAAGAUCGAAUUUUAAGCCUAAGCGUAGGCUGUUAAAAAAGGAGAAAUUAUAAGAAAAAAUAAAGAAAAAAUUGAGAAGGAUAAUAAAAGCGAGAAAUAUAAGGUGUGAAGUCUUCUUACAAUUUUCCGCCAAUUACAAUUUGUCGCGAACGGUAGUUUUAACGCUGUUUUGGCGACUUUCUCUGUAACGCAUGUGGUGCUACCAGUGAACUGUACAUAGAAAAUGUGGGAAAAUGGGAAGGAUACUUUACAGGGUUUAUUCCUCGCUUUUAUUAUCCUUUUUAAUUUUUUGUUAAUUUUUUCUAUUUUUUAUUUUUCUUUCUAAUGGCCCACGCCUACGCUUAAAAUUCGAUGUUAAAAUGUUAGGUAUUCCCGUUAAUGACCUUUGGACCCCAAAAUCACGUACAGUACGCUUGGGCCGCCUGUGUUAAUACAAGGUGUUGCUCAAUACAGGUUCGCCUGCAGUUAGGAGAGUUUCUUGUUAAAUCUAAGGAGUAGAAAGUCUAACCAUUCUCAGAGUAAACGAUGGCUAGAGGCCACAAGUCUCGCAACUCGGAAACUAAUCAAGAAAUGUUAGAAAUUUUGGUAUUGUGGUUAUAAGAAGCGGGGGUGGUACUUUUCAAAGUACUGAGACAUUUUUUUCACAAGUAGUCAAAAUUAGAGUUUUAGAAGCAAACACUUUAAGGGUUGUAUCAUAUCCAUGGUUUUGAAACUGUUGCAUUUUAAUUACUAUAAACGUCAAUAAUCGGUGUAGUACCAACAUGCAGGAAAUGCACCAAAGAAGUGGACUAAGUAUUUCCAGUGUUGACAAGAGGGUCUUUGCGUGUUCAAGCUACAUGUAAUUUUUAACACAAAUAAUCAAGUGUUGUUCUUUUUAACUGAGCUCUUCUGUGUUUUGUCAAGAAUACUGUAAACAUAAUUCUUGGCAGUGUGCCUCAUAUGGGGUCUAUGACUCUCGUUGACUUUCCAUAUGGCUGAUUGUAUUUUCCCUAUAAAUUGUACUCUGUAUCUUGGUAUGAAGAAUAAACAGUUUAAAAAAGAAA